CUGCGCUGCAGGGAAACGCAGGCGGUUGUGGGAAGGACGUCCAGGUCAGACAUAUUAGUUCUCGGUUGGAGUUGAAGGAGAGAGAGAGAACAUGAAGGGGAUUCGGGGGAUAAGUCAAGUAUCGAGACGGGCCUUUGCGGCCACUUCAAGCCACCCACCCUUGAGUGAGCCUCUGUCGGGCCUUAAGGUGUCUGCGGGUGCCGUCCACAUGUACCAGGAUGUACAUGUGACUAAACUGCCCAGUGGGUUGGUCAUCGCUUCUCUGGAAAAUUACUCCCCUGCGUCUCGCAUUGGUGUGCUGGUGAGGGCUGGCAGUCGCUAUGAAACCUUGGACAGCCUGGGUGUUACACACCUGCUUCGACUGGCGAGUGGUCUGACUACCAAAGGAGCCUCUGCUUUUAGGAUCUGCCGUGGGAUUGAAGCUGUAGGAGGAAGUCUUGGUGUGACUACCACCAGAGAAACCAUGCUGUACACCGUGGACUGUCUGAGAGAUCAGAUAGACACAGUCAUGGAAUAUCUGAUCAAUGUGACCACUGCUCCAGAGUUUCGACCCUGGGAACUGGCUGAGCUCACACCCAGGGUGAAACUAGACAAUGCCAUUGCAAGCAAGAGCGUGCAGAUUGGUGUCCUUGAGAAUCUGCAUGCUGCUGCUUACAAGAAUGCGCUCUCCAACUCUCUGUACUGUCCAGAUUACAUGGUUGGCAAAAUCUCCACAGACCAGAUGCACACCUUUGUUCAGAACAAUUUUACAAGUGGAAGAAUGGCUCUUGUUGGACUGGGUGUGGACCAUGCUGUUCUUAAGCAAGUAGGAGAGCAGUUCCUUAACAUCCGUAGUGGAACAGGCACUGCUGGGUCAAAUGCUGUGUAUCAUGGAGGUGAGCUGCGGCAACAGACAGGGGACAGCUUGGUACAUGCAGCUCUGGUGGCUGAAGGAGCAGCAGUGAGCUCUGCUGAGGCCACAGCCUUCGGAGUGCUGCAGCAUGUUCUGGGGGUGGGACCACGUGUCAAGAGAGGCUCCAACACCACCAGCCUGCUGGACCAGGCCAUAUCUAAGGUCUCAACUCAGCCUUUUGAUGCCUCCGCAUUUAAUGCCAGCUACUCUGACUCUGGUCUGUUUGGAGUAUACACCAUCUCACAGGCCGCUACAACUAGAGAUGUGAUCAAGGCUGCCAUUGGCCAGGUCAGUUCCAUCGCACAGGGAAACCUUGCUGCAUCAGACCUCAGCAGAGCCAAAGCCCAGCUGAAGGCUGAGUACCUUAUGUCUAUUGAAAGCUCAGAAAGCCUGUUGGAAACUAUUGGGACACAAGCAUUAACCGAGGGCACCUACCAUUCCCCAGAGGCGAUAACCCAAAAAGUUGAUGCUGUGUCUUCUAGUGAUGUUAUUAAUGCCGCAAAAAAGUUUGUGUCCGGCAAGAAGGCAAUGGCUGCCAGUGGACAUCUGGUGAACACCCCUUUCCUGGAUGAAAUCUAAUUGACCUCCAGUGCUCCUCCGAUUCAGAGAGGAUGCAAGAAAACAAUCUUGAUACCAGUCCCAGCACUUGUCCAGAGUAAUAAUGUUUGAUGUUAAAAUAUUAUUUUAUGAAGUGGAAAAACAUUAAAUAAGAGGAAAGACUCUACCACUGUCCAUCUGAACUGUAUAGAACAUGUAAACUAAUAAAACAUAUUUGUUCGGGGAAAAA